AUGAAACUUCUGUGUAGUUCUGGUGGAAAAAUCUUGCCAAGGCCUGGGGAUGGGAAGCUCAGGUAUGUGGGUGGAGAGACCCGCAUCAUUUCCAUUAGUAAGAGUCAGUCAUGGAUUGAACUUGUGAGGAAAACUUCUUAUAUUUGCAGUCAACCACACUAUAUUAAGUACCAGCUUCCGGGGGAGGAUCUUGAUGCUCUUAUAUCAGUGUCUUCCGAUGAAGACCUUCAGAAUAUGAUUGAGGAACACUACGGGCUUGAAAAUCUUGGUGCUUCUCCAAGGCUUCGUAUCUUUCUGAUUCCAAUGGGUGAAGUUGAAAACUUGUCAUCUUUUGAGGUCACUAAAACAUCCAUCCAACAGAGCAGUCCUGAUUACCAUUAUGUGGCAGCCGUGAAUGGCAUUAGUGACCCUAGUCCUAGGAAAAUCCCCACUGACAGGUCUUCAGCAAGUGCACUGCCAAUAAGGUUCAGUCGUAACCCAAGUUUUUCCAAGCGUGCUCCACCUUCCAUGAUGCCUUUGGAAAUCAAUGGCGGUCUUGCUUCUUUUCAGAAUAUGAUGUCUCCAUAUCCUUCUCCUCCUAUCUCUCCCGUUACUUUGUUUGCAGACGAAAGCAAUACUUCUUUCAUGACAACUCCAUUACCAACAGAGAAUGUUGGCCUCAACACAAAGUUUCACCACCAACUCCAUAAUCAAUACCACAACUUUCAUCUCAACAAUGAGCUUGGUGGCCCUUCUGGUAGUUUGAAUUUUGAUGGUUGCUACCAUGAAAGGCCUAUGCAGAGGGGACGCCAUUUCCACUCCGAAUGUCCUAUUUCCCACCUAGAAGACUUGAGAGGUGUAUUGACUGGCUCCGCUGACUCUUUUGAUCCUCCACAAGGCAUUUCCCAUGCAUUUUCUGAUUCCAAACUUCAGGAGCGUGGGGAAAUGUCUGCUUAUCAUUCACAAGAAAUGGUAUGCGAAGCACGUCAUGCAAGUGUCAAGAUUCUGGAUGACAGAUAUCAGAUCUCGAACCUUAGUAAUGAAACAUCAUUGGCUAUGGAAACUCCCAUUAGAUAUGACCAAAAUGAUCCAUUUCCACAGCAAUGCAAAAUGGGCUACCGGGAGAAACCACCUAUCCAUUUUAAAAGACAACUGUCAAAUUCUAACAUUCAAACGCCUAUAGAAGGAUUUUCUACCACCAUAGAUCACAAACCUCAUAUCAAUACCUCGGAGCAUUUCUCAAAUUAUCAAAUGGAAAGUGCCCCCUCAAAUGUCCUUAUGAUGAGUCGUCUCAUGACAGCUAGUCAUCAUAACGUUGGAAGUUCUUUGCUUGAUCAUGGACAUCAACAAUCAAGUAACACAUAUUUUCUCAAUGGGAAUGCAGUUCAACCUCUCGAAAGUCAAAGAGAUAAGUGCAAUAGUGAGCAUCCACAUAUAAGGUCUGUAAAUUCAUCCAAAUGCAUUGAUGAUGAUAUUGUUACAAUGGUAAACUUGUGCGAGAAUGAUCUUCAGAGAGCAUCAUGUAACAAUAACAUGAGAAAUGUACACUAUCAAGAACCAAUUUGUCUCCUUGACGAUGAAGAAGAUAAAUAUCAUCGCACUCAAAGUUUUGGCAAGUCAAGUUGUGGAGAAGCCAUAGAUGAGAGAUCAGAUACUGAAGAUAUUUUAUUAGGGCAAACAAGAAACUCGACUGAAGAACAUAACAGAAGCACACUAGUAGAGCAGAAUCCAGUUGUUAUGAAAGAUGUGAGCACUAUUGAAUCUGCAAGUAGUAUUCUAGUUUCAUGUGCAGAGUCUUGUCAAGUUACGAUUCCAACUAGUGGUGGCUUUGCCUCUGCGACUUUAACAUCAUUUGAAACGACAUUCUCACAAGCACAACCAAUUGCUGCCAAACAAAUAAAGAAAGAUUUUGCACCUCCUACCACAAUGAGGCUUGACAGUGUGGUUCAAGAAUUUGAGCAGUUUGGGGAUACAAAAUCUAGUAGUGGAGAAAAAGAUGGAUGCACAAGUGAUGUGGCCAUAGCCGAAAUGGAAGCGAACAUCUAUGGGUUACAGAUCAUAAAGAAUUCAGACCUUGAGGAAUUACGGGAGCUGGGAUCUGGUACAUAUGGAACUGUGUAUCACGGAAAAUGGCGAGGUACAGAUGUCGCAAUCAAAAGAAUAAAAAAGAGUUGCUUUGCUGGGAGGUCAUCAGAACAAGAACGAUUGGCAAAAGACUUUUGGAGAGAAGCACACAUCCUCUCAACUCUUCACCAUCCUAAUGUGGUCGCAUUUUAUGGGAUUGUACCUGAUGCGAGUGGAGGAACCUUAGCUACUGUAACUGAAUUCAUGGUUAACGGAUCACUUAGGCAUGCCCUACUCAAAAAGGAAAGAUCUCUCGAUCAUCGUAAAAAGCUUAUGAUUGCAAUGGAUGCUGCUUUUGGCAUGGAAUACUUGCACUCAAAAAGUAUUGUUCAUUUUGAUCUAAAGUGUGAUAAUCUGUUGGUAAAUCUAAGGGAUCCACACCGACCAAUAUGCAAGGUUGGAGAUUUUGGGCUAUCAAGAAUCAAAAGGAACACUCUGGUAUCUGGUGGUGUACGGGGAACUCUUCCAUGGAUGGCACCCGAACUAUUAAACGGAAGCAGCAGCCGAGUUUCUGAAAAGGUUGAUGUUUUCUCGUUUGGGGUGUCAAUGUGGGAGAUCUUGACAGGGGAGGAACCUUAUGCUGAUAUGCACUGUGGCGCAAUCAUUGGUGGUAUCGUAAAGAAUACCCUGCGGCCUGCAGUACCGGAAGAUUGCGAUCAAGAUUGGAGGGAACUGAUGGAGCAAUGUUGGUCCCUUAAUCCAGAUUCUAGGCCGUCCUUCACCGAGAUAGCAAAUAGGUUGCGAGUUAUGUCCGUGGCACUUUUGGCCAAGGCAUCAAGUAAUCAAACUAGACCAUCCAAAGGAUCAGCAUCAUAA